AUGGAUCCGUUUUAUUUCGAUCUAGUAAUUUCUUCAUGUGAAUAUCUCACAUUUGAAUUGGAGAUAUAUUCAUUCAAGUUUUAAGUUAAUACAAUUAUUAGUGUAAUAAUUUAUAAUUUUUAUAAAUGUCUCAAAUUCGAAAAUAGACAGGUAAAAUUAAGUUAAGUAUUUGUAGAACUGUAUGUUUGGGGAAGUAAUAUUUUUAUUUAAUAUAAAAAGAUUGCUAAUUUGGCUAAUUAGGAUUAGGGGAUGAGUAUCUAAAAUAAAAUGUAAAUAAUCCAAAAUGUUGUUCAUAUAAAAUCAUUGUGGUCAAAAUUGCCUGCGGUUUUCAACAUUCAUGCCUAUUAGUAAAUAAUGGAAGCUUAUACACUAUGGGUUUGAAUGAACAAGGACAAUUAGGUCUCAACACGUAAUUGGAAUUUAAAUUUGAAUUUAGGCAACUCUCGUACAUCUCUACUCCUUAAUUAAUCGAACUUAAAGGACCAUUUAUAAGAGUCAAAGCAGCUGCUAAUUAUACUGUGGCUUAAAGAGACACAGGAGAACUUUACACAUGGGGAUAAAAUUAAGCAUUUAACAUCCAUACAAAUUAACCAUAGUUACUCAAAAUUAAGAAGAUCAAUUAGUUUUCAUGUGGAGAGCAUCACAUGGGAUUAAUAGAUUUUAAUUGUUAAUUAUAUAUGUGUGGCUCUAAUGAUUAUGGUUAAUUGGGUUUGAAUUGUUAUGAAAGCGUAAGAGAAAUUAAGAAUAUUAUAGUUUGUUCCUUAACAAGUGUUAAGUUUAGAGAAAUAUGAUAAAGUCAAAUGUGGUUUAACUCAUACAUUGGUUUUAAACAAUGGACAAGUCUAUUCCUUUGGAUCGAAUAAAACUGGUGAAUUAGGAAAUGGGAAAUAGUAGCAUUCGUAUAACUAAUUAAAACCUCUGAAAAUUUAAAAUGUAAAUAAGAUAUAUGCAUCUAAUUUCUCUGCAGCCAUCACUUCGAAGAAUGAAUUAUAUUUAUGGGGAGUAUUAUAAUUAAAAUAAAUUAGUCUGGAAUAUUUGGAGAAUUCCUUGUUCCUACCAAAAUUGAUUUUGCAAAUUCAAUAAAGAAAAUUAAACUUGGGAAUGGUUUUGGUUGUAUAUUAGAUGAUGAUGGAUAAAUCUAUUCUUGGGGAAAAAAUUCAUCAGGGGAAUUAGCUCAAAAAGAUUUCAUUCCUAGAACAGAUAUUUAACAUAUAAAGCAGCUUAAAAAUAAAUAAAUUAAGACCUUUGAUUGUGGUUCAAAUUUUGUUGUUUGCAUAAGCUAAAUCUAAGAGAUAUCCAUAAAUUAUGAUUAAAUUAUCAAAGAAAAUGAUCAACUCAAAUAAAAACUAUUAUAAAUGGAAACUAUUUUUAAAAACUAAAAAAUGAAAUCUUAGGCUGAUUUAUAAUAUACCAUGCAGCAAGAAUGUAAAAGCUUUGAUUUAGGAAUUAUUUAAGAUUAAUUGGAACAAAAAUAAAAAAUCAUCUAAGAAUAGGAAAAAAUAAUAUAAAGCCAAAAGGAUAGAAUAAUAUUCUUGGAAUCAGAACUUUAUUAUUAUUAAAAUAAAGAGAAUCUUAAUGAAAAUUCAGUCACCUAUCCGUUUAAAAAAGAUGUAAAAAAUUAAAACAAGCUAACUUAUGAUUUUUAUAAUUAAUGA